AUGUCGCCACUCGGUCCAAUCAUGGCCGGAAUCGCCUAUGUCAUAGAUAUUAUCAUCGACGCCUUCAACCCGUGGAAGACUCCAUUCCACGUCGCACUGAUCGCCGCGGUCCUUAGUAAGAUCAUCCGGGACAUCUCUACCUUCCUUCACGCCAUCAUACCAGUCUACAACAAAGGGCCGAUCACUCGAUAUAGCCAAUUACUCGCCUCUAAAAGGAAAAUCAUUGAGUCCUUACCUGGUAUCAGUCGAGCACUCGCCGAGGACGAGACAUGUGCACUUUGUAAAGAUCAGCACGUCGAGCCUCUCGAGCUGCCAUGCCAACACGUCUACUGCAAGGCUUGCCUUGAGACGCUUAUGGACCAUGGAUACAACUACUGCGGUCUAUGCAAGCGGCAAUGCUACUCCUUGGAAGAUCUGCCCCCGACUGAUUUAGCGAGAAGGAAGGCUUCAAAAGCUCAGCGAGUUCUGUACAGCCAUCUCAUCUCUUGCGGGUUGGCUGCCACAGGCUUGCUUGUGUUCGUGUCACUAUGGCCGAACAUACUUGCUGCCCUCGCAGCCGCCGGUGGAUCUGGGCUAGCCUACGAGCUACUCUGUGUCUUUGCGGCUUUCUACUUCUACCAGGUCUGCGUGCUCAAGAUUGAGACGGGCCGUAUCGACAACCUUGACGAGGAGUGGGGACAGAAUAUUCUCUUGAGGAAUGGCUUUGCACUAAUCUGGUUCGUCUGGACUUGCCUCGUGCUGGCAAUGUUCUGCAACGUACUGAAGUGGAUGUUGAUUGUGUGGUACUUGGGCGCAUGA